AUGCCUGUCGGUGCCGGGCUUAUCUCUACCUGGCGCGUUGACACGAGCUCCGGUAUAUGGAUCGGCUACCAGAUCAUCCUAGGCUUUCGUAUCGGCCUAGGAAUGCAGCACGCCACUAUUGCUGUCCCGACUGUACUCGAGCCCCGCGAUAUUCCCGUCGGUUUUUCCCUCGUCUUCUUCUGCCAGCAGCUAGGCGGUGCUAUUUUUGCCUCCGUUGGCGAGAACGUCUUCGGUCAGAAGACCCUCGCCGGCCUGACCCGCGUCAUCGACGACUUUGACCCCGAAACCAUCGUCAACACCGGUGCCACUGACCUACGUAGGAUCGUCCCCGUCAAGGACCUUCACGCCGUUUUGGUCGAGUAUAACUCCGCGCUGCACUGGGUAUUCAUCGCCGGUACCUUUAUGGCCGCGUUCUCCGCCUUAGGUGCGUUCGCCCUCGAGUGGAAGAGCGUCAAGGGAAAGCAGGGAGGUCCUAGUGAUGAAGAAGAUUAG